UAUAUUCCACCCCUCCCAUCUCCCCUUGACCGUCUCCUUCACAGUUGGCUCGCAGGCAGACGCAGCUGAAUCCCAACUGAGCUGGCCGCUGUCCUUGCUCCGAGAGAGACAAGAGCAACCUUGCAAUGAUCUCGCUGGACUUGAAUUUCAACAUUCUGACAAGGGACCUUUCACAUUAUUUGGAAAAUCAAGUGAAAGUUGGGCUGUUCGGUUCGGGAGUGGGGUUGUCUCUGGUACUCGGCUUCAGCGCAGCUUACACCUGCUAUUAUUUAAUUUCGGUAGCCAAGAAACCUCAACUUAUUUCUGGCGGUAAGAAGUUCUACCAGUUUCUAAAGGAGCAAUGUCCAGUCGUGUCAGAGACUUACUACCCCACAUUUUGGUGCUGGGAGAGUCGCAUUCAAACUCUGCUGAGACCUUUUGUUACAGCCAAACCUGGUGUUGUCUAUAGAAACGAGCUAAUCAAGGCAGCAGAUGGAGGACAGAUAUCUGUGGAUUGGUUCGACAACGAUGACAGCCUCUUUCAUCCCGACCCCACCACCAGGCCCACAGUGCUGCUUCUUCCCGGCCUGACUGGCACCAGCCGAGAAUCCUACAUCUUGCACAUGGUCCAGCAGAGCCGGGAUCUGGGUUAUAGAUGUGUGGUAUUCAACAACAGAGGGGUUUCUGGUGAAACACUACUGACCCCGAGGACCUACUGCGCCGCUAACACAGAAGAUCUGGAGACUGUUAUUGAUCACAUCCAGAAAACCUAUGAAGCGGCUCCAAUGAUGGCUGCUGGUGUAUCCAUGGGAGGGAUGAUGCUGGCCAACUACCUGGGUCGUAAGGGCCGGAAAACCUGCCUGAAAGGGGUCAUAGUCUUCUCAGCAGGCUGGGACGUGUUUGAGUGCACCGCGUCACUGGAAAAACCCCUGGACCGUUUCCUCUUCAACUCCUACCUCACCAGCUGCCUACAAGCUUCUGUGCACAGACACAGACCAGUGCUUGAAAAGUGCUACGACAUUGACCAUGUCAUGAAGGCAAAGACUAUCCGAGAGUUUGAUGAGAGGUUCACCUCCAUCAUGUUCGGAUAUCCUACUAAUGACGACUACUACCGCGAUGCCAGUCCUGUGCACAAGCUGAAAUCUGUGCAGGUGCCAAUGCUGUGUCUGAACGCUGCUGAUGACGUCUUUUCUCCAUCUCACGCCAUUCCAGUGGAGGCGGUGAAGCAGAACCCUAACUUGGCCUUGCUUAUAACCUGCCAUGGAGGCCACAUUGGCUUCCUGGAGGGUCUGUGGCCACGACAGAGCACUUACAUGGACCGAGUCUUCAAGCAGUUCGCGAAGGCCGUCAUUGAAGAAGGCGGCCGGCUUAAAGACCUCUCCUGAUAAGACAACUUAGAGUGGUCCUCUCGUUUCAUCGUCACCCAUGUUUUUUUUUCACUACAUUCCAUCGUUUUCUUCUUCCAUUUCCAUCCUUUUUAUUGUUCAUUCCCAGCUCUCUAUAAUUCCUUCCUUCCUUAACACCAAAUGUUAUUCAACUUUAUUGUUUUUAGCUUUCUUGCCUUGUCUUGAUGCUAUCUUUGCCUUACAUUGAUCCGUUCUAUUCCUCCCACUGCCGCAGGCAAAAAAAAAAAAAACAUCGUUCUUUCUUAUUUAAAGGGCAUAUUAUUAAAUGCAGUUCUUAUGUUGCGUUCAGAUUCAGAUCAUUUUUACUCUCUAACCGUAAACUCAAAGAUAGGCAUAGCUGCUCAUGUCAGUGCUGAAAGGUUUAAUAUUUCUCAUAUUGUUCAGCCUAAGAAUUUGGUGGUAACCCCGUGCUAUUUAUCUUUUUUUCCCCCCAUCAAGUUAACUCAAGUACUGUCUGACUUAUGUAACCUUACGUAGUUUUUAGCACUUACAUCAGUAGGAUUGUAGCCCUCAGGGAUUUCCUUUCUUUUUUCUCUCUUGUUCCUCUCUUUUCUUGUGAAAUGUCACUUUUGUCAAUGUGUUCUCCUUCAUUUUGCGUCGUACUCCACCUUUUAAAAGUAGAUGUUAAUUAGCUGUUAACAAAACAUAAUGUUGUUUCUUUUGAGUUCUAACUGGACGCGUGAAUUAUGCUUGUAUGCUUUCUUUUAGAGAGGUCAGAAAGUUGAUUCCAUGUCCUAUUAAAUGUGAAGCUGCUGUCAGGAGACAUUUUGCUAUAAGGAAUGAAAGCAGAAAGAAGAAAUCAAAUAUAGAUGUACACACCUGUGAAAUAUUUGGUAUCUUUAGAUACAUAUAUUUUGGCAGUGAAAGGGGGAGUAUUUGAGUGAUUCUAAAUUUUGAAGACAUAAACAGAUUCUGUACAUUUGCUUGGCCUUUUGUCUUAUUGGUUUCAAGGAUAAAAUUAUUAGGAUUUAUUGUUUUUAAUUUAUACAAGGAUGCCUUUUUGGAGCCAUUUCUGUAUCUUGACUUGUUCUAUUCCGUUCUCUUUUUUUUUUUUUU